AUGACCGAGAACAAUUCUGAAGAAUCUGAGUCAAAGUCUUUGGAUCUCUCUUCCGAUGUAGGCACUGCAGAAGAUUUUGAAGAACGAUGCUUCAAACUGCUUAAUGAAAUGACAGAUGAAGAAGAUGACCUUCAUGAGUUAAAUGAUUUGUGUAGAAUUGCAGCUUGUUUUCAUCGUUUCAGCCGUGGUUUGCUGCUGAGGUAUCCCACUUCUAAUGACUUUAGUGAUAUUAAUCCAAAUUACUUGCAAAAUUAUGGUUCUGUUCCAAAUUAUAAAUCAGCUUACAAGUCGUACGACUCAGACCUUACGACCGCUUUAAACCGUUUGGGGAAUUCUUCACAGUUCAAGGACAAUGAGGAAGCUUUAUCACACCUGUGUAGCACAUUUGGAUUUCUGUUCGUUCUUGCACCAAAGCCAACAACCUGGUCGGUCGUGAAUCACUGCCUUGAAAACAAACAGGUCGUGCCUAGUGUUUUGAAAGUUUUGCGGAAUUUGACCUCUGUGGUCCACCUUUCACUGAAUCCAGAGGGGAGUGAUAAUGUGGAUGCAGAAAAGCCACGUAUUCCGAUGAUUUUGUGUGCUUUAAGCCGUGUGCUGCGCGUAAAAAAGUUUAAGUUUUCUCGGGAGAUUCUGUUGGAUGGCGUUAAAAGUGAUAAUGAUUGGGACUUGUUCGUGUAUCUGGCGGUUUCUUUCACUCGGGAAAAGCGUAACGUUAUAAGAGAGAAAAUACCUGACGAAGGAGGUGUUGUCAGAGUUCAGGAAACUGUUGGAGAAGUCAUUUUGGAAAACGCUUUGUUGUCUGGAACAGCCGUACUGAAAGGAAUUGUUUUGCCAGAAAUCUUUGCGCGUCGUAAUGUAAUACCUAUGUUGGAAAUAAUGUAUAAGAUAGUUUCCUAUUUUCAAAGUGCUAAAAGUUCUGUUCUUCACUUGAUAGCUGAUUAUGAAAAAGAUUCCAGUAAUUACAACACAGUUUCUGCUCCUUUUUUGGCAAGGCUUUUGAUUGAUAUUUAUGGCGAAAAUUAUAGUGGAGACGAGACAGUUAAAAAGCUCUGUUUAAAAGCAUUGGCUGGUUUGGGACAGCGGCUAAGCAGUGAAAAGAUGACAUUUGAUACAAAAGUUGGUAAAGAAUUAUUAAGUUAUUUGAAUCGUUUUGACUGGGCUUUCAAAUAUGCUGUCGUUACUUGGCUCAGCAGCAGCCUUAUGGAUCCAAAGAGACAGAUCCCAACUGGUCUCUAUAAAGCUUUGCCAGAAGAAGAACGGAAGAAUUAUGAACAGAUUGUAGUUGACUUCGACUAUGUCCUCACGGAUUGUUUUUUCCGAUCUAUUUAUGAAUUAGUCAGUGUGGCACCGCCACUUGCUAUUGAGCUCAUUCAAAAAGGAUUCUCUGUUAAGCCCUCUGGAGACGAGUUGUUUGUUAAGAUAUCGUGUGAAUUUAUGAUAGCUGCAUCAGAUCAAGGAUGUGAAAGUGUCGAGAGGUUUAGCGCUCUUUAUGACACACUGAAAUGUUUAAUAAGAAGUCUUGACUUUCCCGUUGUACCAUUUAUACCACUUCCAAUCACAGAAAGUGCGAUGUAUGGAUUGCGUUUAAUAGAGCCCUUAGUUGUCCUCGGCAAUGUGGUCAUAAUAGCUGCAAAUUUUGGAAGUAAUAGUAUUGUAUGGACUGCGAAAGAGAAGCGUCUUAUUGGAGGUGGCUCAAACAAGGUUGGUGAGAACUUGCUGCAACAUUUUUGCCGCCUUUGCAAAGACCAUUUAGACAAGGAAUUUCAGGACUUGCGUAGGAGUCGGUUAAAAUAUGUUCCAGUUAUCAAAGAUCCACUGAAAGUAUUUGGUGAUGUUAAAAUCGAUCGUGUGAGUCGAGUUUUUACCCAGGUUUCGGAAUUGUUUGUUUUAACGUCAAUGAUUGCUAAGCAGUUAAAAGAGCUUCCAAACUGCCUGAAGAUCUUACUAAUUAAGUUAUCGCAAUACCAAAAGGAAAUUAUGCAGUUGUUGGCAGCUCCUUCCUUUGAUAGCCUUGGUGGAGAUCAGCAUACAUCUUCAGAGAUUGCUGAUGUGACGAAGAAGGAAGUUAAAACCCGUGAACAGACGGCUACCGAGAGACGUGCAGAAGCUCUAGAACAGUUGGAUUUAUCGUUGUUCAAGCCUGUGUACUCGAAAGGUAAAGAAGAUCUAGUGACCACCAAGAACUACUUUACUAAACUUGCUCAUCAGAUACAAGAUCCUGCAGUUCAGGAGACAGUAUUGAAAAACGUGAGUUCGUUCAGGGGUGCCAAAAUGCUUUUUGGGCAAGCGGUUAGUGAUAUCGUGAGGCAGCAAGUCGGACAGGAACGUGGUAUUUCAUCACCAGAGGUUUCCGAAUGCGAAGGGGAGCAUUCGUGCAUCCACGUAAAUGAUGGAGCCGUUACAUAUGUGUUUAACCGUAGCGGGGGUCAGCCAUAG